CCAGCUUCCGGCCGUAGUUCUUCUCUUCUCCCAAGCAGGCGAUGCGCCCUCGCCUUGCGGCGCUGCUGGGUUGCAUCUGGCUCAGCUUUGCCCUGGGCGUCUUGUGCACCGUGUUCACGGUUAGGCUCAAGAUCCAAACCGAGUCCAUUCUACGCGUACUCGAGAGCUACUACUCUCAGCAGAGAGCCGCCCCUGCACAGGAAGAUGAAUGCAUCACGGCCACGUGCCGCUGGCACGGAGACUACCUCUGGGACCGCCUCAAUGCGACCGUGGACCCCUGCGACGACUUUUACGCCCACGUCUGCUCCUCCGCCUGGUUCCAGGAUGGUGGCGUCUCCGACCAGCCGUACACGGACUUCUCCGUGGCCCAGCUCAUGGCGGAUGUCCGGGAGACGCUUUUGCGCCAGAGGAGCACUCCUCGGGCUGCCUGGAGCUUCCCCGCUCAGGCGGCGCAGCUGAUGAGGCUCUGCCACCAGACGUCUUCCGGAGGCUGGGACGACGUCCUGGAGGCGCUGGCCAGCCUGGGACUCGGCGGAUGGCCCUAUGAAGAUGAGCCGUCUUUGGCCUGGAGCCCGCAGCGUGUGUUCGGCUCCCUGGAACGUGACUUGGGAGACAACGCGAUUGCCGGAGUGGUGCUGAGGAGGGACUUGACCCAGGCGGCCGAAUACCAGAUUCACCUGGAACCGGUGGACACGCUGUUACGUCGGUAUCUGCUGCACGCGAAAUCGACGGGCUCGUUGAAUGAGUAUGACUCGCAGCUAGACGCAGUUCUGUUGGCGUUCGCGUCGAACAUCAGCGCCGCCGCGGCCGAAAACGGGACAAGCGCCGUGCCCCGUCUGGCUGCUGAUGUCGUGGCACUGGAGAAGCGGCUGGAGGCGCUUCGAGACACCCGACUGCUGCCCCUCGAGCAACGCUUCGUACGUGUCGGUCAGCUGGGCUUCGUGUCGAAAUGGAGUUGGACAGCCUUUCUUGGCGAGGUCUUCCGCAACACCAGGACCAUUGCAGACAACACGACACUAGUCUGUGACCGCUGUGACUUCUUCAGGAAGGUCCUCCUUUUGAUAGAAGAGACGCCCCUCCGAACCUUAGCGAACUAUGCGGGGCUGCGAGUCCUCGCUCUGCUGGCACCCCUUCUUCCUUCAAGGGAUUCUUGGGUGCCCUUCUUGGUUCGUAUCUCGGGUCGGGGGCUGAAGGGCAUACCCGAGCGCGUUGAGUCCUGUCUGGCGCUUCUGGAACGUGUCUACCACUACGGCUCGGCUAUGCUGGCACGGAUGGCGCUGGGCAGGCAAUUCCCGAUGGUCUAUCGAAGCCAGUAUGACAGGCAGCUGACAACGCUUUCGUCGGCGCUCCGUCACGCAGCCGCUCGGCGGGCUGCCCACUUGAACUUUUUGCGUCUCAAGGAGCGCCGCGUGGCGGAGUCCAAGUUAUCUGCGCUGACCUUCCAGGUGCUGGGUACUGCUCCGAGCCUCUACUGGCCUGCCCUCUAUUACGGCGUCUCGUCGCCGGUCCUGAGAGACUCCGAUCUUGUGGCGAGGGUGGUCGCGUUGAUGCGUCACACACGACGCGCUUAUCUAGCCUCGCGCACUCCUAGUCUCGAUUUGGACGCGCAAUACCCUCUGCCCGUGUUCGGGCCGCCGGCAAGCUUCUACUAUCCCUUGCGGAACCUGCUGUUCCUUCCGCAAAGCCUGGUAGGCUUCCUCAGCCAUGUGUCCAACAUCGUCGACGCACCCGCAAUUCCGGUGGUGGGCAGGCCGAUUGUGUACGACAUGCUCAGGGCCCUCGAUGCCUUGGAUGGCAAGCCGGUCGACCACACGCUCGCUCUCCGUAACUGGUGGGGCGUCAAUUCGAGUGCGCGCUUCUUACAGUUGCAGGGUUGCCUGCUCGACCAGUACGCGAGCCUGUACUGGCCCUCGUCUGGUCGGACGAGCAACUGGCAGCGGCGUGUCGACGUGCAGAGUAUCUUUCGCGACGUGGCGUCUGUGGCGCCCCUGUGGGACGUCUUCAAGCAAGACCCGGUGUCAUCCAGCCUCUGGGUCCGUGUGUCGCGUUCGCGAGUCCUCGAGCCCACCCAGCUGUUCUUCGUCAACUUUGCUCUCUCGCUGUGCAACCAUCACAAACGCAGUCGUCUGGUUCGGCUCCAGAGUAAGCUCGGGAUCGUGCCGAGCGCGGUCAGGGUCAACUUGGCCCUCAUCAACACGAGGGAGUUUGCACGUGCUUUCGGGUGCAAGGUCAACACCACGUUUAAUCCUCCCAUGCGUUGCAAGAUUUGGUAACUCGGGGUGUGAAGAAUGCCGAACACAAUGUUAGGCAGGACAAAAAUAAAAAUAUGAAUUAGGUAUAGCUCUAGAUAGAUGCUGGCUUGUUGAAAUAUAUGAUAGUCUUAUU